AUGCUGGACAUGAGCGAGGCGCGCGUGCAGCCGCCCUGCAGUCCAUCGGGCACCGCCAGUUCUAUGUCGCACGUGGAAGACUCGGACUCGGACGCACCGCCGUCGCCCGCCGGCUCCGAGGGUCUGGGCCGCGCAGCGGGUGCUGGCGGGGGCGGCGGCAGCCGAGGUGAUGCGAGCGAGGCGGCAGCGGACGAACGCUUCCCUGCCUGCAUCCGAGACGCGGUGUCGCAGGUGCUCAAGGGCUACGACUGGAGUCUGGUACCCAUGCCCGUGCGCGGUGGUGGCGGCGGCGCACUCAAGGCUAAACCACACGUGAAGCGGCCCAUGAACGCCUUCAUGGUGUGGGCGCAGGCGGCGCGCCGCAAGCUGGCGGACCAGUACCCGCACCUGCACAACGCAGAGCUCAGCAAGACACUGGGCAAGCUGUGGCGCCUGCUGAGUGAGACAGAGAAGCGCCCCUUCGUGGAGGAGGCUGAGCGCCUUCGGGUGCAGCACAAGAAGGACCAUCCGGACUACAAGUACCAGCCACGUCGCCGAAAGAGUGUGAAGGCCGGCCAGGGCGAUGGGGACUCGGGCCCUGAGCUGGGCCACCACCCAGGCGCUGGCCCUAUGUACAAGGCUGACACAGGGCUCAGCGACUCGCAUCACCACGGUGACCACACAGGGCAGACCCACGGGCCGCCUACCCCACCCACCACCCCCAAGACGGACUUGCACCACCCUGGAGCGACAGCAGGCAACAAGCAGGAGCUUAAGCUGGAAGGGCGCCGCCUGGUGGACAGUGGCCGCCAGAACAUCGACUUCAGCAACGUGGACAUCUCCGAGCUGAGCAGUGAGGUCAUCGGUAACAUGGACACUUUCGAUGUCCAUGAGUUUGACCAGUACUUGCCACUCAAUGGCCACUCAGCCAUCGCCGCUGAGCCUGGCCAGGCAGUCGCCAGCUCCUACGGGGGCACCUCUUACUCACACGCAGGGGCGACUGGCAUGGGGGCAUCCCCAGUGUGGGCGCACAAGGGUGCCUCCUCGGCCUCAGCGUCACCCACCGAGGCAGGGCCCCCGCGACCCCACAUCAAGACGGAGCAGAUGAGCCCCAGCCACUACAGUGACCAGUCCCACAGCAGCUCGCCCAGCCGCGACUACAGCGCCUACAGUGCCCAGGCCUGCGUCACCACGGCCACAUCUGCUGUGUCCACUGGCUCCUUCGGGGGUUCUCAAUGCGACUACACUGACCUGCAGACCUCCAGCUACUAUGGUCCAUACCCUGGCUACCCGUCCAGCUUGUACCAGUACCCCUAUUUCCACUCGUCCCGCCGGCCAUACGCCUCGCCCCUACUCAAUGGCCUUUCAGUGCCAGCUGCCCAUAGCCCCACCAGUAGCUGGGAGCAGCCCGUGUACACUACGCUGACCCGGCCCUGA